AUGGCGGCCCACAAGCCGGUGGAGUGGGUGCAGGCCGUGGUGAACCGCUUCGAUGAGCAGCUCCCCAUAAAGGCUGGCCAGCAGAAUACCCACACCAAAGUCAGUACGGAGCACAACAAGGAAUGUCUCAUAAACAUUUCCAAGUACAAGUUUUCCCUGGUCAUCAGUGGUCUCACUAAUAUCUUAAAAAAUGUUAAUAACAUGAGAAUAUUUGGAGAAACUGCUGAAAAGAAUUUAUAUCUAUCUCAGCUGAUUAUCUUGGAUACACUGGAAAAAUGUCUGGCAGGGCAACCAAAGGAUACCAUGCGACUAGAUGAGACUAUGCUGGUAAAACAGUUGCUGCCAGAAAUCUGCCACUUCAUCCACACUUACCGUGAGGGGAACCAGCAUGCAGCUGAACUACGUAAUUCUGCCUCUGGGGUUCUUUUUUCUCUUAGCUGCAAUAACUUUAAUGCUGUGUUCAGCCGCAUUUCCACCAGAUUACAGGAACUGACUGUUUGUUCAGAAGAUAAUGCUGAUGUUCAUGAUAUUGAACUUUUACAGUACAUCAGUGUGGAUUGUUCAAAACUAAAACGACUCUUGCAAGAGACUGUAUUCAAGUUUAAAGCCCUUAAGAAAGUAGCUCAGUUAGCUGUUAUCAACAGUCUUGAAAAGGCAUUUUGGAACUGGGUGGAAAACUAUCCUGAUGAAUUCACAAAGCUGUAUCAAACACCACAGACUGAUAUGGCUGAUUGUGCAGAGAAGUUGUUUGACUUAGUGGAUGGCUUUGCUGAAAGCACAAAACGUAAAGCAGCGGUUUGGCCACUGCAAAUCAUACUCCUGGUCCUGUGUCCAGAGAUAAUCCAAGAUAUAGCAAAGGAUGUGGUAGAGGAAACUAAAAUGAACAAGAAACUGUUCCUGGACAAUCUCAGGAAAGCACUUGCAGGCCACAGUGGGAGCAGACAGCUGACUGAAAGUGCUGCUAUUGCUUGUGUUAAACUGUGCAAAGCAUCUACGUACAUCAACUGGGAAGAUAAUUCAGUCAUUUUCCUCCUAGUGCAGUCCAUGGUAGUAGAUCUUAAGAAUUUGCUGUUUAAUCCAAGCAAACCUUUUUCAAGAGGCAAUCAAAAUGCAGAUGUAGACCUUAUGAUUGACUGCUUAGUUUCCUGCUUCCGCAUAAACCCUCAUAAUAACCAACACUUUAAGAUCUGCUUGGCACAGAAUUCCCCAUCAACGUUUCAUUAUGUACUGGUAAAUUCGCUCCACCGAAUAAUCACAAAUUCUGCACUGGACUGGUGGCCCAAGAUCGAUGCUGUGUACUGCCAUUCCGUGGAGCUUCGCAGCAUGUUCAGUGAGACACUGCAUAAAGCUAUUCAAGGCUGUGGGGCACAUCCAGCAAUUCGCAUGACUCCGAGUCUUACAUUUAAGGAGAAAAUGACGAGCCUUAAAUUUAAAGAAAAACCUACUGAUUUGGAAACCAGAAGCUACAAGUUCUUGCUGUUAUCCUUAGUAAAACUGAUCCAUGCUGAUCCAAAGCUUUUGCUGUGUAAUCCAAGGAAACAAGGGCCUGAGACGCAAGGUAGCACGGCUGAAUUAAUUACAGGCCUUGUACAACUCGUUCCGCAAUCCAGCAUGCCAGAUAUAGCACAAGAAGCCAUGGAGGCCUUGCUAGUUCUUCAUCAGUUAGACAGCAUUGACUUGUGGAAUCCUGAUGCACCUAUAGAAACAUUCUGGGAAAUUAGUUCACAAAUGCUUUUUUAUAUCUGCAAGAAACUAACUAGUCAUCAGAUGCUCAGCAGUACAGAAAUCCUCAAGUGGCUGCGAGAGAUUCUCAUCUGUAGGAAUAAAUUUCUUCUAAAAAACAAACAAUCAGAUAGGAGUUCCUGCCACUUUCUCUUCCUUUAUGAUGUCUCUGGAGGUGGAACUAGUCAAAUUUCUCUUGACCAUGAAGAGAUGAUACGCUGUGCUCCAGGAGCUACCCUCAGGAAAGGGAAAGGGAAUUCUUCCAUGGAAAGUACAGCAGGAUGCAGCGGAACACCGAUUUGUCGCCAAGCCCAAACAAAAUUGGAAGUCGCCUUAUACAUGUUUUUGUGGAGCCCAGAUAUUGAGGCAGUCCUUGUUGCAAUGUCCUGUUUCCGUCACCUCUGUGAGGAAGCAGAUAUCAGAUGUGGAGUAGAUGAAGUCUCAGUGCAUAAUUUUUUGCCAAACUACAAUACUUUCAUGGAGUUUGCAUCUGUUAGCAAUAUGAUGUCAACAGGGAGAGCAGCUCUUCAGAAAAGAGUGAUGGCGUUAUUAAGACGCAUUGAACACCCAACUGCAGGCAACACAGAGGCCUGGGAGGAUACACAUGCAAAAUGGGAACAAGCUACAAAACUAAUCCUUAACUAUCCAAAGACCAAAAUGGAAGAUGGGCAGGUUACUGAAAGUCUUCAUAAGACAAUUGUUAAGAGACGAAUGUCGCAUGUUAGUGGGGGAGGCUCCAUAGACUUGUCUGACACAGAUUCUCUUCAGGAGUGGAUCAACAUGACGGGGUUCUUAUGUGCCCUUGGAGGAGUGUGCCUACAGCAUCGUAGCAAUGCAGGAUUAGCAACCUACAGUCCACCUAUGGGCCCUGUCAAUGAGCGUAAGGGCUCCAUGAUAUCUAUGGUGUCCACGGAGGGAAAUGCAGAGACUCCUGUUAGCAAAUUUAUUGAUCGAUUAUUGACUCUGAUGGUCUGUAACCAUGAGAAGGUGGGACUUCAGAUACGGACUAAUAUUAAAGAUCUGGUGGGUUUGGAGUUGAGUCCGGCACUUUAUCCAAUGCUGUUUAACAAAUUGAAGAAUACCAUCAGCAAGUUUUUUGAUUCUCAAGGACAGGUUUUGUUAACUGAGACCAACACACAGUUUGUAGAGCAAACCAUUGCUAUAAUGAAGAAUUUGCUUGACAAUCAUACAGAAGGGAGCUCAGAACAUCUUGGACAAGCUAGUAUUGAGACAAUGAUGCUAAAUCUGGUUAGGUAUGUGCGUGUGCUUGGAAAUUUGGUACAUGCAAUUCAAAUAAAAACUAAGCUAUGUCAGUUAGUAGAAGUAAUGAUGGAGAGGAGAGAUGACCUUUCGUUUUGCCAGGAAAUGAAAUUUAGGAACAAAAUGGUGGAAUAUUUGACAGACUGGGUUAUGGGAACGUCUAAUCAAGCAACAGAUGAGGAUGUAAAAUGCUUGACAAGAGAUUUGGACCAAGCGAGUAUGGAAGCAGUGGUCUCUCUUCUUGCUGGGCUUCCACUACAGCCUGAAGAAGGAGAUGGUGUUGAGUUGAUGGAAGCGAAAUCUCAGUUAUUUCUUAAAUAUUUCACACUGUUUAUGAACCUUCUAAAUGACUGUAGUGAAGUUGAAGAUGAAAGUGCACAAACAGGCGGCAGGAAACGUGGAAUGUCUCGAAGACUAGCUUCGCUACGGCACUGCACUGUUCUUGCUAUGUCAAAUUUACUCAAUGCAAAUGUGGACAGUGGUCUUAUGCACUCAAUAGGCUUGGGCUAUCAUAAAGACCUCCAAACAAGAGCUACGUUUAUGGAAGUCCUCACCAAAAUUCUGCAGCAGGGAACAGAAUUUGAUACGUUAGCAGAAACAGUGCUAGCAGAUCGGUUUGAGAGAUUGGUGGAGUUGGUUACAAUGAUGGGUGAUCAGGGGGAGCUUCCUAUUGCUAUGGCUUUAGCCAAUGUGGUGCCUUGUUCUCAGUGGGAUGAGCUAGCCCGUGUCCUGGUCACGCUCUUUGAUUCCCGGCACUUGCUCUACCAGCUACUCUGGAAUAUGUUUUCAAAGGAAGUUGAACUAGCAGAUUCCAUGCAGACACUCUUCCGAGGAAACAGCUUAGCCAGUAAAAUAAUGACUUUCUGUUUUAAGGUAUAUGGUGCUACGUAUUUGCAGAAGCUUUUGGAACCUUUAUUAAGGACUGUGAUCACAUCCUCUGAAUGGCAGCAUGUUAGCUUUGAGGUCGAUCCAACAAGGCUGGAGCCUACAGAAAGCCUUGAAGAGAACCAGCGGAGUCUCUUGCAAAUGACAGAAAAAUUUUUUCAUGCAAUCAUUAAUUCUUCUUCGGAGUUCCCACCACAACUUCGCAGUGUGUGCCAUUGUUUAUACCAGGCAACUUGCCACUCUCUACUGAAUAAAGCUACCGUAAAAGAAAAAAAGGAAAACAAAAAAUCAGUUGUUAGUCAGCGAUUUCCUCAGAACAGCAUUGGAGCAGUUGGAAGUGCGAUGUUCCUUCGGUUCAUCAAUCCUGCGAUCGUCUCCCCUUAUGAGGCAGGGAUUUUAGAUAAAAAGCCUCCACCAAGAAUUGAAAGGGGAUUGAAACUGAUGUCAAAGAUACUUCAGAGUAUUGCCAACCAUGUCCUGUUUACAAAAGAAGAACAUAUGCGGCCUUUUAAUGAUUUUGUAAAAAGCAAUUUUGAUGCAGCACGAAGGUUUUUCCUUGAUAUUGCAUCUGAUUGCCCAGCUAGUGACACUGUCAAUCACAGCCUGUCCUUCAUCAGUGAUGGCAACGUACUUGCUUUGCACCGCUUGCUGUGGAACAAUCAGGAGAAAAUUGGCCAGUACCUUUCUAGCAACAGGGACCACAAGGCUGUUGGAAGACGACCUUUUGACAAGAUGGCUACUCUUCUUGCCUAUCUGGGUCCUCCUGAGCACAAACCCGUGGCAGAUACCCAUUGGUCCAGUUUAAAUCUCACUAGUUCCAAAUUUGAAGAAUUUAUGACAAGGCAUCAGGUACAUGAAAAAGAGGAGUUCAAAGCACUGAAAACAUUAAAUAUUUUCUACCAAGCUGGGACAUCAAAAGCUGGCAAUCCUGUUUUCUACUACAUUGCUCGGCGAUUCAAGACUGGUCAGAUCAACGGAGAUUUAUUGAUAUACCACGUACUGCUAACUCUGAAGCCAUACUAUGCAAAGCCAUAUGAAAUUGUAGUGGACCUCACACACGCUGGCCCCAGUAAUCGCUUUAAAACAGACUUUCUUUCUAAAUGGUUUGUAGUUUUUCCAGGCUUUGCUUAUGAAAACGUCUCAGCAGUUUUUAUUUAUAACUGUAACUCUUGGGUCAGAGAAUACACCAAAUACCAUGAAAGGCUCUUGACAGGUUUGAAAGGAAGCAAAAGGCUUAUUUUCAUAGACUCUCCAGGGAAACUGGCAGAGCACAUCGAGCACGACCAGCAGAAACUCCCAGCAGCUACCUUGGCUUUGGAGGAGGACUUGAAAGUGUUCCACAAUGCUCUCAAACUGGCUCAUAAAGACACCAAAGUUUCUAUUAAAGUUGGGUCAACAGCUGUGCAGGUGACGUCAGCAGAACGAACAAGAGUCCUGGGACAAACAGUGUUUUUAAAUGAUAUAUACUAUGCCUCUGAAAUUGAGGAAAUAUGUCUUGUUGAUGAGAACCAGUUUACCUUAACCAUUGCCAACCAAGGCACACCACUCACCUUCAUGCAUCAGGAGUGUGAAGCCAUCGUUAGGUCCAUCAUUCAUAUACGGACACGGUGGGAGCUGUCACAACCAGACUCCAUCCCACAGCAUACUAAAAUUCGUCCUAAGGAUGUCCCUGGAACACUACUGAACAUAGCGCUGCUCAACCUGGGAAGCUCAGACCCCAGUUUGCGGUCUGCUGCCUAUAAUCUUCUAUGUGCCUUAACCUGUACCUUUAAUUUAAAGAUUGAGGGCCAGUUAUUGGAAACUUCAGGUCUGUGUAUUCCUGCCAACAACACGCUAUUUAUUGUAUCUAUUAGUAAGACUCUUGCAGCUAACGAACCACACCUUACCUUAGAGUUCUUGGAAGAGUGUAUUUCUGGAUUUAGCAAAUCUAGUAUUGAACUGAAACAUCUUUGUCUGGAGUAUAUGACUCCCUGGCUGUCCAAUCUGGUCCGAUUCUGUAAACACAAUGAUGAUGCUAAGCGCCAGCGAGUCACUGCUAUUCUUGAUAAGCUUAUAACAAUGACAAUAAAUGAAAAACAGAUGUACCCCUCCAUCCAAGCUAAGAUAUGGGGAAGUCUUGGACAGAUAACAGAUCUCCUUGAUGUAGUGCUGGACAGUUUCAUCAAAACUAGUGCCACAGGGGGCUUAGGAUCCAUAAAAGCUGAGGUUAUGGCAGACACAGCUGUAGCGCUUGCUUCUGGAAAUGUAAAAUUGGUUUCAAGCAAAGUGAUUGGAAGGAUGUGUAAAAUAAUUGACAAGACUUGUCUGUCUCCAACUCCUACACUGGAACAGCACCUGAUGUGGGAUGAUAUUGCUAUUCUAGCACGUUACAUGCUGAUGCUCUCCUUUAACAAUUCUCUGGAUGUGGCAGCACAUCUCCCCUACCUCUUUCACGUAGUUACUUUAUUGGUGGCCACUGGUCCUCUUUCUCUCCGAGCUUCCACUCAUGGUCUUGUCAUCAACAUCAUUCAUUCUCUUUGCACUUGUUCACAGCUUCACUUCAGUGAGGAGACCAAGCAAGUUUUAAGGCUGAGCUUGACUGAGUUCUCUCUGCCCAAAUUUUAUUUGCUGUUUGGAAUCAGCAAAGUGAAAUCAGCCGCAGUCAUAGCGUUCCGAUCCAGCUAUCGAGACAGGUCCUUUUCACCUGGUUCCUAUGAAAGGGAGACUUUUGCACUGACUUCGUUGGAAACUGUUACUGAAGCUUUGUUGGAGAUCAUGGAGGCUUGUAUGAGGGAUAUUCCGACGUGCAAGUGGCUGGACCAGUGGACUGAACUAGCUCAAAAGUUUGCAUUCCAAUAUAACCCAUCCCUGCAGCCAAGAGCACUUGUUGUCUUUGGCUGUAUAAGUAAACGUGUGUCUCAUGGACAAAUAAAACAAAUAAUCCGAAUUCUUAGCAAGGGACUUGAGAGCUGUUUAAAAGGCCCUGAUAAUUACAAUAGCCAAGUUCUAAUAGAAGCUACAGUUAUAGCACUCACCAAGCUGCAGCCUCUUCUUAAUAAGGACUCUCCUAUGCACAAGGCCCUCUUUUGGGUAGCUAUGGCAGUACUGCAGCUAGAUGAAGUGAACUUGUACUCGGCAGGUACAGCGCUACUUGAACAGAAUCUGCAUACCUUGGAUAGCCUUCGAGUGUUCAAUGAUAAGAGCCCAGAAGAGGUGUUCAUGGAGAUCAGGAGACCCCUCGAAUGGCACUGCAAGCAGAUGGAUCAUUUUGUUGGGCUAAAUUUCAACUCCAACUUUAACUUUGCACUAGUGGGACACCUCCUGAAAGGGUACAGGCAUCCUUCUCCUACCACUGUAGCAAGAACAGUAAGGAUUUUACAUACACUACUAGCUCUGGUUAACAAACAUAGGAACUGUGACAAGUUUGAGGUGAACACCCAGAGCGUGGCUUACCUAGCAGCUUUGCUGACAGUAUCUGAGGAAGUUCGAAGUCGCUGCAGCCUAAAACAUAGGAAGUCUCUCUUGUUGACAGACGUUGCAAUGGAAAAUGUUCCUAUGGAUACAUAUCCCAUACAUCACAGUGACACUAGUUAUAGGACACUAAAGGAAAAUCAACCAUGGUCAUCACCAAAGGGGUCAGACAGACAUCUGGCUGCCAGUUACCCGACAGUGGGACAGAUAAGCCCUCGAACACGAAAAUCCAUGAGUUUGGAUAUGGGGCAGCCUUCACAAGCGAACACUAAAAAGCUUCUAGGUACAAGGAAAAGUUUUGACCAUUUGAUAUCGGACACAAAGGCUCCUAAAAGGCAAGACAUGGAAUCUGGAAUCACAACGCCUCCCAAAAUGAGGAGAGUAGCCGAAAAUGAUUAUGAAAUGGAAACCCAGAGAAUAUCACCGCAGCAACACCCACAUCUUCGAAAAGUUUCUGUUUCUGAGUCAAAUGUCCUCCUAGAUGAAGAAGUUCUGACUGACCCAAAAAUUCAAGCACUGCUGCUUACAGUUCUUGCAACAUUAGUGAAGUACACUACUGAUGAGUUUGACCAGCGGAUUCUGUAUGAGUAUUUAGCAGAAGCCAGUGUUGUCUUCCCAAAGGUCUUUCCUGUUGUGCAUAAUUUAUUGGAUUCCAAGAUCAAUACCCUUUUAUCGCUGUGCCAGGAUCCAAAUUUGUUGAAUCCAAUUCAUGGGAUUGUUCAGAGUGUUGUCUACCAUGAAGAGUCUCCACCCCAGUACCAAACUUCUUAUCUACAGAGUUUUGGAUUUAAUGGGUUAUGGAGGUUUGCUGGCCCAUUUUCUAAGCAAACACAAAUCCCAGACUAUGCUGAGCUCAUAGUGAAGUUUCUUGAUGCCUUGAUUGACACAUAUUUGCCUGGAAUUGAUGAGGAAACCAGUGAAGAAUCUCUCCUGACACCCACAUCUCCAUAUCCUCCCGCAGUGCAGAGCCAGCUUAGCAUUACUGCUAACCUUAACCUUUCCAAUUCCAUGACCUCGCUUGCAACUUCCCAGCACUCCCCAGGGAUCGACAAGGAGAACGUGGAGCUCUCGCCCACCGCCGGACACUCCAACAGCGGGAGGAUGCGCCACGGCUCCGCAAGCCAAGUGCAAAAGCAGCGAAGUGCUGGCAGUUUCAAACGUCACAGCAUCAAAAAGAUUGUGUGAUUAUUUCUUUUUUUCCCUUUUUUUUUCUUUUUUUUUUUCUUUUGGAAACUGACUGACACCCGCGGGCCUCUCGCAAAGGGCCCUCCACCCGUUGUGAUGCUGCACUUAAUUUUUAAAGUUCCCAUGCUGUCAGCCGUGUUGCCAGAUGAUCAACUCUUGAAACAUUGCCUGAAUUUUAAUGCCUUCAUUUCUUUCCCUCUGUUUCUGAUUUAAGCCAGUGUUUCAGAACCGCUCAUACAGAUCCUGACGGACUGUGUAGCCGAAGGAGGUGUGGAGUUCUCUAACACUGCAGAGCCGUAUCUUGUCCAAAUACGAAAGCCAUUUCCCAUAGACAGUUCCACCUUGCUUCUGUUACCUGCCUUGUUUGUUUCGUCUCUAAAGGAAAGUGUUGAUCCGUAAUCCUGUUUGCACACUUUUCAAGGUAGUGGCUUUGUGAGCCGGGGGAAGUUACUGUAAUCCUGGUUUUAAUUCAAACCUGUAAGAUUUUUAGCUGUGGACUUUUUUUUACCAUACUUAAAGGAAACUUACGAUAGCCGCAGUACAAUGAGCUUAACCAGAAGUGGUUAAUUAGAUUAAAUUUCUAGUGAUUAGCAAUAAAUUUGAGAGGACAAGGAGGCUGCCCAAGUCUCUUUCAUUCCCCAGACCGUAGCUUCACAUACUUGGACUGUAUAUGGACCAGACUGGACAAACUGGCUUUUUUCCAAAGCAAAAGGGUUUUUUUUUUUUUGCUGUACUUUAACUGCACUAAAAAGGUUGUAUAGUGGAAAGAAAAUCAUCGAGAACUGACUCUUGUGCUGUCAUUGUAGCGGUGUUGAAAAUUUAUUGCUUCUUUCUUCCAUUUAGCAUUCACUUUAGUUUUGCCCUUCCCAACAAUAUGCACCUUCGAGAAAUUCCUGGCAGAAUAACCAGUGGGGUAUGGAGGGGAAAAUUUGAUGAAUUAGCUUCCAGCUCUGGGAGAUUGCGUUUGGCAAAGCUGCUUUUGUGCUGCCCAAGCAGCGGUAGAAAAACAGCAAUGUUUGCUUAAGGUACACGAAUUGAAAAAUAACUGACACUGUGUCAAAUCCAGGUUACGUUUGAAUGUUUGCAGUGCAAUUCCUGGGAUCAGUACAGACAUCUGCAGUCAAACCUGCCGUGCGGAACCUUCGAGGGGUUUUAGUUUGUGAGGGUUCGUACGUGGGGGUUCCACAAAACUGAAGCUGCUGUCACUGUGAAAGACUGGUCAGCUACAGUCGUGUCUCAGCGAUGGACGACUGUGAUAACGUGCUGCUAUGUUGAUGACGUGUAAAGGUGCGGCGCUGGGUGCUGCAGGCGCUGGGUGCUGCAGGCGCUGGGUGCUGCAGGCGCUGGGUGCUGCAGGCGCUGCCUGCACGGACUGCAAACGUGCAGGGCGUUCGAUCUCGGAGGCGAGCAGAAAUUCUGACAAAAGGGCCUGUCACCUGGGUGCUCACUGGAGGGCCACGUGUGUCUCCUGCUGAAGAACAGUUAAACUUCCCGGUUUCAGAUCCCUGUUGUACGUUAGAAAUUAACAACCUGUAAGUGGCUUUAAAGGGAAAAAACGUAUAUCCACUAUAUAAAAUAAAAUCCUCUAGUGCAAUUUUGUUAGUGGCUUUCAGUAAAUCAAACUCCACAGCUAAAUUAUUAGAGAAUGGUACAAUUAAGUGUUCAGAUUUUAUUGAUAUAGCACAUAAUUCACAUGUAUCCACACAGUAACAAUGUAACAUUUAUGUAAAUAAAAAUACCUUUAUUGUAUUGAUUCAUAAAAUAACAAUUUAAUUUCUUUAAUUUGUUUACAGUCCUGGAAAAACUAUGAACACAAACUUAAUAUGCAAAUAGUUUGCCAAAACAAGAGGAAAACUUAGAAUUAGCAGUCUCGAAAUAGACACGUUGGAAAAGACGACGACUCAUGCAAUUAACCAAACUUUUUUAUUCUUGGUCGCGUAGGAGCUGCAGUAGAAAUGUGGUUACGGAACCGAUACAGAACUAUGAAAGGGAUUGUGAGGCUAGGACUGAACGUAGGAAUAGAGCAGUGACUGGUGCCAGGCCCUGCGCUGCUGUGCGUGUGAAACGUCGGGAGUCGCCGAUGUAAAAACCGUUCUCAUCUCAUACAGCAGAUCGCUAAGAGCCACCUUCCGCAUCGCUGCCGGUUUGCACUUGCUCAUACUGAAUCAAGCUCAUUCCCGCCCUUUCCGUUUCGCUGACGACAAUGAAUUGUAGAAGCCUGAAGAUUUGUAGCUAGGAGGAAAAAAGAAUCUCCUGUAAAGGCAAUCUGCUGUUAGAAAGACGUCGUUUUCAGUUGGUUUUCCUAGGAGCAGAUUUUCUUUAAACAGAACGAGUAAUUCCAGAUGAACUACCAAAUCCGUCUUGUUUGGACUGGGUGCACUGGAGAGCAACUCUCUCAAUAGUUUGCGUUGCCUAUAUAAAAAAAAGUGUCCCUAAAUUAGAAUUAGCGCAUUCUUUGAAAUACAUAUAGUGUGAAAUCAAAGUGGACAGUGAUUAAAACUACCUUUCGUGUGAGACCUAGAACUACUCCAGGCUCUCAGUCCCAGCUGAAAAAAACGGGUGUCGUCUUAAAGUAAGACAACCAAAUUAAAUUUAUUCUAUUUCCUGGAAAGAGGGGGAGUCAUUUAAUGUUUUCACUGCGUGGUUCAGUGAGAGGACCUGAACUUUCUUAGAGCAGGGGUGUCAAACACGUUAGGUAGUGGGGGCUGAAGCUGGGAGUCGUGACAGUUGGCGGCCAAGGUUUAAUUCAGGAUCACGUGUGCCCGACACACAGGAACGUUCUCUCCCGGUACCAGCAGUUGGGAAGCUUGCGCUUAGAUCAGGGGGGAAACCACGGCCUUUCUGGAACGCUUGAACUUCUAUUAGUAAUUCGUUGUUCAGUGCCUUACUGUCACUUUCGUCACGGAGCCUGCUCCCUGUAACAGCUGCUGCUGUUACUUUGCCUUUUUGUUUUCUUUCUCACAUCCUCCUUUAUUUGUUCUCUUUUCCCGUUUGGAAUAUUCUCCAUCCUGCUCCGUUUCGUCCCCGUGAGCGCCGCUCUCCGUUCCCAGUCCGGCCUGCUUCCGUUCUCUCCUCACCCCGUUACCGCGCUUACGCUCCUAGCGAUCAGCAGGUCGUUGCUGGUGACGCUGUGGGCCUGAAACCUGACCUAAUUAGCGGGAGAGAGGUCUGGGAGCUCCGACCUGCCAGUGGCUGGGGCGGGCAGGCUGCCGGCGACCGGGCAGUCGCUGCUGCGAGGGCUGCUCGAGUCGCUCCCUGAGGGCUGGUGCUGCAGCCGUGGAGUCUGUGUACUUCGAAGUGAAAACUUAAGAUUGAGAAAAAUCCGAUUUUAACAUGCGGACCAUGUAACUACGUCCUGGGGACUGUAUGUUUGACACCCCUGUUUUAGAACAUGUUAUCCAUUACGCACUAACUACAGUUCAGUACUGUAAAGACGAUCAACAUUUUGUUUGUGUUUGUAUUUUCCCUGACUUAAAGAUAACUCGGUAGUAUUUGGAUAGUGCAUAACCUACCUGUUAAUUAUGCCAAUGUUUCUGCUUUAAUGUGCAUGAGGUUUCCAGGAACAGGAAACAUUUCCAAUAAGUAUCGUGGACUGAGCACCUGGGCGCGUUCCAGUGCUCUAUUCCUAACUGGGUUGUAGGUUUUAGGGCUUUUUCUGUUUCAUUCUAAGGUUAGUUUUUUUCAAGUGUAAUGAAGCACGUCUUAUUGUUAUGCAACAAACCUACCACAGAAAGUCACUUUUAGUGUUGGUCCCACAAUUUUUUUUUUAAUGCAGUAUAUUCACCUGUAAAUAGUUUUUGUGUAAAAUUUGACAGAAAAGUAUAUUUACUACACUGUAAAUACAUGUGACAAUAUAUUGUAUUAUUUUGCUUUUUUUGUAAAGCAGUUAGUUGCUGUAUAUGUAUAACAUACAAAUUUGAUUAUUCUAGUGUUAGUAACUGUUAACUACUACUACUCCUUCCUGCUGUUGCGUUACGUCAUUUAAAAAAAAAAAUGCUGUGUACUAUAAACUUACACUGUGUAUGAUAUCUUACUAUUUCCAUUUGGGCCUCAACUUUGAAAAUGUUUCCUUGACCCACAGUCCUGUCCGUAUUGUAAGCAAGUGUGCGACAGCUGGCAAGAGCCCUGCCGAUUCAAGCGCAGUUGGUAACUGUAGGUAAAAAUGGUAGAAACCUGGUUUCAGAUAAGUGUUGUUCACCCCAUUUUCCCCUCAUGUAUGUACUUUCCCUUUUUCUUUUCUUUUUUUUUUUUGUUUUUUUUGAAGUAAAAUGUAAAUUCAACCUGC